CCAACUUUGUGCAAAGUGUUUUUUUUUUUUUUUUUUGGUUGCCUUUUAACACCGUCCCCGCCUGUCAAUCGCCACCCAAAAUAAAAUAAGGUGCACAACAAAUACGUCGUGGAUAAGAGUGAAAAGAUAAUUUGAAGGAUCGUAUGUAGCUAUCCUAUUGCUAUUCGAAUUGCUAUCCUCGUUCCAUUUUGUGUGUGGCGUGCGUACAGUUGAAUUUUUCAACAAGUUGCCAGCACAGCGCGCAACGCGACAUAAACACACACACAUACGCAUAGGCAAGCAAAGGCACAAACACACACACAUACGCAAAUACAAGCGCGCGCAGUGAGAAGAGAAAUAGCAACAGCAACAGCAAAAGCAAAAACAAAAGCAGCAACAACAAGAGGAGCAGCAACGUUUUUAGUGAUGUCAUCAGAAAUCGUCGUCCAACAACAACAACAUCAACAACAAUAUACAACCACAACAAUUUCAAACUGGCAACAUUGAAACGGAAACGGUCGCCAAACUGAAGCACUUAUCGGAGAGCGUAACGGUGCUGCUGAAAAUCGCUAAAAUGGACAGCAUCGUUGUCGAGGAGAAUGGCAACUCGGCCGCCUCCAGCGGCAAUGUCAACGAUGUUGAUGCCGCCGCAGUCGCCGUCGCUGCCGCUGCCGCCGCAGCAGCAGUCACAGGCGGUCAACUGCAACAGCAGCAACAACAACAACAGCAGCAACAACAACAGAACCAGCAAAGUACAACGGCGACGGCCAACACAAACAAUGCCAGCAGCGCGGCAUCCGUGCUGACCACAACCAACUGCAAUAUACAAUACCCUCUGACGCCGUUAACACACGGCCUACAGGUACAAUCCGUGAUACAGGCAGCCAAUCAUUCGGGUGUCAUACAAAGCGCCGCGGGAACGCAACAGCAUCAAAAUCAAUCGCUGGCCGACGCAACAGCGAUGCAUAAAGGAGGCGGCGGUAAUGUCGUCUAUGUGACCAAACCGGCAAAUACGACGGUUAUUCAUACGGCCACCGGCAAUGCAGUGCAAGUGCGUAACAAAAUCCCUCCAAACUUUCAAUGUAAGAUCAAACCCGAACCGAAUAUACCGCAUCCGGAGGAUACCGAUGAGAGUUUAUCGGACGAUGAUUCACAGCAUCAUCGAAACAGUCUGACGCGAAGGCCAUCGUACAACAAGAUAUUCACCGAAAUCAGUGGACCUGACAUGAGCGCGGGUGCAAUACUGCAAAUGCCUGAAGGCAUCGUACUCGGCUCACAGCUGAGCGGCAGUGGGGCGGGGGGCGGUGGCGGCGGCAGCGGUGGCGGUGGCAGCGGCGGCGGCGGUAACACAUCGGGCAGUCCACUGCUACACAUGGCGCCAGACUCGGCCUUCUAUUUAAGCAAUCGGAUAGCAUACAAUACCAAUACAGGCGGCAUUGCGGAAGAUCAGACGCGCAAGCGAGAGAUACGAUUGCAAAAGAAUCGCGAGGCGGCGCGCGAAUGUCGGCGAAAAAAGAAGGAGUACAUCAAGUGCCUGGAGAAUCGUGUGGCGGUGCUAGAGAACCAAAACAAAGCGCUUAUCGAGGAGCUCAAGUCGCUGAAGGAGCUCUACUGUCAGACGAAGAACGACUGAACGUGGUGGGUGCCAUUGCUGGGAUGGUCAGACAUCAGCGUCAGCAUCAGCAGCGACAGCGACAGCAGCAGCAGCAGCGACAACAACAACAACAGCAACGCCAGCAACAGCGACAGCAGCAGCUUUAUGUCAAAAAUUGCGGUCUGGCAACACUGACGAAAACAAAAACACAGAAACAACAACGAGGACGAAUACAAAGACACGAGGACAGCGACAAAAUCAAAGACAGAAACACAAAACAGAAUUGUAAGACACAAUGACGAUGGCAGCCAGCCGCAUAUCAUGGUUUACAUACAUAUAAAGCGCUAUAUGUAAUAUAAAUUAUCACAAAAAACAAAAACAAA